AUGCUAGAGGAAGAGCUCGCCACAGGAUUCCCCUCCGCGAUUUUUCCACGACUGUUGGAAGACGAGGCACGAAUUUUAGAUGUUCAUGAUUUGUAUGCUGAGAAGCCGGGGCAUUCUUAUAAAUACGAGCACCGAAUAGAUAUAUACACUGAAGUCGUUGCACCAUUGGUCAAAUUUGCCGAACAUGGCGGGAUCGGGACACUUUUUGCUUAUGGCCAGACUGGUUCGGGAAAGACGUAUACGAUCAGUCAGAUUCAGGAACUCGUGGCGAAAACUUUGCUCGACAAAAAGAUGCAAGAAGUUCGAAUUACGAUUUUCGAUUUGGCGGGGAAUAUCGCGUAUGAUCUUCUGAACGCACAGAAGAGAUUUUCUAUUUUGGAGGAUGAAUUUGGAAAUACGGUUCUGGCUGGUGGGACGGAACAUACGAAGCAGCAGUAUACCGUCGCACAGCAUCAACGCUCAAAAGUGAUGCUUCAUCCCGAUCUCACAGUAUCUUCCGCGUUCGCAUCCCAUAAUCCGGGGGCAUUCUUUAUCUCAUCGACCUCGCUGGUUCGGAAGCCGCUAGAGAUAUUGCAGAACAUGAUUAAUGUGAGCUUGUCGGCUUUGAAGGAUUGUAUCCGGGGAAAAGCUGAGGGCAAGGCUUUCAUUCCUGUGAGAAGGAGUAUGUUGACGAAAGUCCUGAAGCAUGUGUUUGAGUCGCAGGGAGAGAGGGAGUGUGAGACUGCGGUGAUUGCUUGCGUGAAUCCUUGUUUGGCGGAUGUUGGGGCUAGUCGGAAUGCUUUGAGGUAUCAUGAUGCUGAGUUUCAGGAUGAACGGCCUUCACUCUAUGAAAAGAAGGUCGAUCAUUGGACCAUACUUGGUGGCAUCGCUCUUCGACAGGGGCGCUUCACAGCCAGAGCUAUUCUUGUUCGUGAAGCGCGUGGCGGCAGCCAAGAAUGA